AUGUUCCUCCGCCGGCUCUUCUCCUCGGUGCCGGCUCGCACCAACACCGGCGUCGCUAGCAUCGCUGGCAACCCUUCCUACCUUCCCAGCGCCUCCCUCCCCCAAACACUUCUGCGGCAUAUUGACCGUGAAGUCCGGAUCGCCAAAGAAGACGCUGCGAAGUCCGGUAUCGAGUUGACAUCGCCGCUCAACAUCAGGAACCCCUUCCUUGUCCACUCGCACAAGAAGCUGAUUCCGGGUCUGCGUCAUGACAUUUCGGUCGACGAGAUGACCUCGCGUAUCCAGAUCCCCAUGGUGUUCCCCGUUCGGAGGCAGAAGAAGCUCUUGAGCCAGUACCCCGCCGAGGUCCUGCCACCAUCGCCCACGAACCCUCUCAAGUCCAACCUCCCUAUUCAGCUCGCCGAUGGCACUGUUGUCGCGUGGGUUGGCGAGUGGAAGGAGGCGGUCAAGACGAGCCUGUACCCCAGGCGCAAGAAGAUGUUCAAGGGCACCACCGCGGAGCGCACGCGCCGCACACGUGACGCCCAGCGUGCGGAGCGUAUGGCCGGAAUGGAGAAGCGCGUUGCCGACUGGAGGGAGACUAAGAAGGCGGAGAAGGCCAAGGCCAAGUCGUCGCUGCCGUUCUAA